AUGUCCUACAGUAUCAUCCUCCACGCUGGAGCUGCCGAUUCUUGGGCAGGAGACACUGAAGUCCAAGAGAAAACUGAAGCCUUCCUACAUCUUUUAAUCGAUUCAGCCAAAGAAAAAUUGAGGAACGGUGAAAGUUCAUUGAAGGUUGUUACCGAAGUAGUAUCUGCUCUAGAGGACUACCCCCAAUUCAAUGCCGGCAAAGGGUCUGCUCUCAACAUUGAUGGCUUCCACGAGUUAGAAGCAGCUGUAAUCGACGGCCGAACCUGUAGGUAUCGAGCAGCGGGCAGCUUGCAGCGCACCAAGAAUCCCAUCAAACUGGCGCAGAAAAUGCUUGAUUUCCCGGCACCAGCUUUGAUAAUUGGGAACGCAUCCGAUGAGCUAGCGGAGAAGAAUGGCUUGGACAUGGUAGAUAACUCAUACUUUACUACCGACAGCCGUCGACUCUACUGGGAGUCGAAGAUGAACAAGCUGCUGGAGAACCACGGGACCGUGGGUGCGGUGGCCCUCGAUAUUCACGGCAGUCUUGCAGCUGCCAAUUCCACUGGCGGUGCUACUUUCAAGUAUCGAGGACGAAUUGGGGAUACGGCGAUUGUUGGCGCAGGGAUCUAUGCUGAUGAUCAGGUAGCGGUUGUUUGCAGUGGAAGUGGUGAUGCCAUACUCCAGGCCACUGUGGCUGGAAGAGCUGCAGCGGCCGUGCGGUCGGGAACCGAGCUGAAUGAUGCCGUGGAGGAGGCAAUUUUGAAAUCUGCUGAGCUCUACCCGGAUUCUUCAUGCGGAGUGAUUGCAGUGGACAUAUCUGGGUCUAUCUCAAUACAUUGUAAUAGUCGCAUUUUUGCAGUCGCGUCGGCCACUUCUUCACAAGGCCCCGGGCAGGCUGGUAUCAUGGGGUCGACCAUUCCGAUCUUGAACCAACUUGCUAUCUUCGAGGAUGAGAAGAUCAGAGCUGGGAUGGUAAAGUACCCAACUUUUCCCAAUCAGAUUGUGGUUCAUUCCCAGCCGAGAGAGCCCGUGUUGUCUAUGGAGGCUGAGCCCUUCGUGGACUUCUUCAUCCGAAUAAGAAGAGUGAUUCAGAAAGUACAGAGUUUUUAUAACGCUCCUGAUAUUGGAUUUAUAGCCUGUGGGAAAAGCUCUUCUGCAUUUGCAUUCCCGCUCUUGAUCGCCCCGCCGUCUAUGGAUAUUGUCCUCAAAGAUGACAGUCACACCACCUACCGUCCUUUAGGCAACGGCCACCGUGCAAUUUUCCACUACGCUGGUGACAAAUUGAUCAAGGUUGAGAUCCAUCGACCAGACAAGACUGGGUUGUUCUCCGCAGAGCUACAACAAUACUACCAGACUAUCCUUGAAAUCUGGAAUAUCCUCCAGGUUCUAUCACAGGAGCUAGGUACUGACGCGACACGUCCGCAAGUUGAGGUUCAUCCUCAACGAAAAGGCUAUGUCACCAUCUUUUUAGCUAGUCCUUGUCUAUCCUCAUUUCCUAAGCCAGCGAUCUUCUGUGAUUCCUUCCCGGAAUAUCUCACCCCGGAACUGGGACCAAAGGUGACGCACAUGGCUGGCCUUGGGCGUUUAGCAGGCGAAAUGGUGGAGUAUUUAACCACUUCAUCAAUCUCGCUAGCCGAUAGACAGACGAGUUGA